AUGGCGCUCAUCACCCACACGUGGAUCCCGCGCCGGCUGCUCUGGCGCCGGCCCUCGCUGCUGCCGGAGCUGCUGACGGCGCUGCUCGGGGCCGUUCUGCGCGAAACCGUCCGCGCCCGCGAGGUCGCGGCGGAGACGGAGGAGGCCCUGCUCGAGGCCGCGGAAAAUUCCGCCGAUGCCGGCGGGGCCGCCCCACGCGGGGAGGCCUUGUACCCCCCGUUGGCCGCGCUGUUUUACCACUUCGCCCGGCAGGUCGAGGCGGACGACGCCGCGGACGACCCCGGCGACCCGAGUCUUCCUCAUCUCCACACGACAACGACGCCUACGAGCAAUGAUAGUACGAAUCCCCCUAAUCGGAAUCAUCCGAGUCGCGAAAAAGCGCCAAAGCCCCCCCUGAACCGCCUGCCGGCCCUUCCGCCGCGGUCGACGCGUUUGUUGGCCCUUUCCGCCGUGGUGGCGUCGCUUUUUCAGGCCGCGGCGCCCUUCGCGUCGGUUUUCGCCCUCCACAGCGGGGAUUUGGACUUCGUUUUUGCCGAUCUCCUUCGCGGGCUGGCGCGGCAUCGGCUCCCCGGCGUUCGCGCCGCCCCGAUCGCCUUCCACGACGGCGUCUCCAUCCGCCCGGCGCGGCCGUCCCCCCAAACAUUUGUCGAUUUGGCCUUCACGCUGAUCGGGAGCCCCGACGGCAAGGCGCUUCUCCGCCAGGCCCUCCUCCGCCUGCAGGAGGAGGAGGACACCAUCGGCGCCGGCGGCGAUUUCGCGCGAACGGCCCUGACGGAGCGAACCCACAUCUUCCACGUCGACUAA